GCAAGAAAACAGCCGGCAGCCGGCUCGCUGCUUUCAGUCCUCUCUCGUGGUGCUCCUGUGCUCGCCGUCCGGCUCCGUACGCCGGAGCCUGCCUAGCAGCCUCCCUCACCGGCCGCUGGAGCUGGGAACGGGAAGGGAGGCCCGGCGCCGGUGCCUCGAGGCUCCAGCGCUUGACUCCCGCUCCACUGCUUGUCCCGGGCUCUCGGCAACGGCAAAGCACGCACGGUAUAUAUGCAGUGUACAAGUAGGGUGAAAGCUUUGCCAAUUCGAAGACCGGACGGAGCCUUGGAGGCGUUGCGGUGCGUGUUGACGGGCUUCAUGCUGCUCCAAAUGUCUAAGAGUGUUAGCUGUAGAGGGAAACCUUUGAUCCAAGAGUUCCCAACCCUGAACAGUAAACUCCAUUUCCUCAGUGAAUAACUUCCGUAACAUCGAAUAGGCAUCCCACAAAUCUUGGCCAUCAGGAUCCAGAGAACCGGACCCCUAACCUCCCUGUGAAAAUAAUCAACUGCUUGUGGAGGAACCAGAUGUGAAGCAACCUGAACCAAUGGCAAAGCGCAGAAAAGCCGGUAGCUCGGAUGUCAUUGGCGCUGUCGACCAGCUUAGCGUGCUGCCGGUGGCGCUGUUGACCAGCUUAGCGUGCUGCCGGAUGGGCUCAUCCACACUGUGUUGUCCUUCCUCCCAGCCCCAGAAGUCGUGCAGACGUGCGUGCUAUCACAGCGGUGGAGAAGCCUCUGGCGCUCUGCGCCCCGUAUCAGCAUUGACGAGCAGGACUUCGGGAUCUCCCUGAUGAUCGAACGUGAUGAUGCCCUAGAGGUGAAGUGGGCAAGGCUUGAGGAUUUCGCCACCAACCUGCUGCUGUUCCAUGAUAAUACCUCAUCCUUGGGUGAAUUCCGGCUUUCUUCUCGCGUCUAUAACCAGCGUCAUGUGGACCGAUGGAUUCACCGUGGCAUUGAGUACUGCCCUUCUGUACUCAUUAUUCUGAUACUGAACUAUUGUCGCUUCAAGUUGCCUCCGGUAGUGGGUUCAAAUUUUUGUCAUCUUAAGAUGCUGCGUCUUUGCAGUGUGGAUUUGGGUAGCCAUUUUGCGGACCUGCUAUGUUCUGCAUGCCCUGUCAUGGAAGAUUUGAAGCUUGGAAACUGCGAGUUUUCUGGCAAUUCUUCUCAAGUCAUUACAUCGCCCACACUGAAAAAGUUGGAAUUGGAGUCUUGUGUGAACAACACAGGUUAUCCAUUGGUGAUCACAGUUCCUAGCCUUGCAUAUCUCUGUCUGUGUUAUGGAUACUAUGAGGCUGGUAUUUCUUUAUUCAAGAUGGAUUCUCUUGUCAGAGCAAAGAUUUAUGUAACAGAAUAUGAAACCUUAUCUCAGCAGACCGAGCGUGAGCUUCUUUGUAGCCUAUACAAUGUGACAAGUUUAGAGUUGGUGGGUUUUGGAGCGGAGGAGAUGCUCAUUGAGAAGUCUGAUAAAUUCCCAAUAUUUCAUAAUAUGCGAACCUUGGACCUUCAUGGCUGCUUUCUUGAUGAAUAUGAAUUGUAUGACAAAUUAGAGGCUUUAGGGAGCUUUCUUCAGAGCGCACCUUGUUUGGAGAAGCUUAUUUUGAAGUAUUGCAUGGACGAAGUCGGACAGGACGAGACGAUCUCACUUCGUCCCACGUUUGGUUGGGAGACAAGUGGGACGGAGACAUCCCUACUAAGGAAUAUACCGCCAAGAUCCGGGACGACCUCGUCCGGCAAAAUCGAGCGGAUGGGCUCGUCCCACUUCAACGUCGUCCCUGCCGUCUGACGCGAGGGAGCAAUGGCGAGCGUGAAGUCGUCGCCUGCCGUCUGACGCGCCCUCCAUGGCCAGCGAGGGCAAGCUCCGAAGCGCGCCCUCCAUGGUCGGCGGGGGCGAGCUCAGCGGUACACCCUCCAUGGUCGGCGGGGGACAGCUCCGCGGCGCACCCUCCAUGGCCGGCGGGGGCCAGCUCCGCGGUGCGUCCUCCAUGGCCGGUGGGGGCGAGCUCCGCGGCCCUCCGCGGCGGAGCCGGCUUGGGGAGGUGCGGGGAGGAUUCGCUGGCGGGGAGAGCCAGCCUGGAGUGGCGCGGGGAGGGUGCCGGCGGUGAGGGAGCCGGUCGUGGGGGUGGCGCGGGGAGGGUCGGCGGCAAGGGAGCUCCGGGGAUGGGGAGGAGGAGACGAGCGGACAGCAGCCGGCGUGAGAUGAAGUCGGAGAAAAAAAAAACACGCAGGAGAAAGACAGGUGGGGCCCACCAAUUAUUGUAUCUAACGGUGUUAAAAUCGCCAUCCAUUCCAUUUUCUUGAUCUCUCAUACCAAACAAUGAAAUGGGACCGUCCCAUCCUAUUUCAACCAAACACUAGAUGGGACCGUCCCGUCCUAUAUUGUCUCCUAUCCAAACACAUGCUUAGAUAUCUUACACGGAUCUUUGUGUUUCUGCCAAAAGUUCCAUUCGAUCCAAACACAUGCUUAGAUAUCUUACACGGAUCUUCUUUGUGUUUCUGCCAAAAGUUCCAUUCGAUCCAAACACAUGCUUAGAUAUCUUACACGGAUCUUUGUGUUUCUGCCAAAAGUUCCAUUCGUUUUCUGAUUCGGAGUGGGAGAUGGAAAGGAAAAUCAUCACUCUGCACCGUGAGGAAGUAAAGACCUUCCAGUGUCAACAGCUGAAGUUGAUAGAAGUCGUCUACGAUCACGACCACGAUCACCAACUAAUUGGGCGCCUUGGGAGGAGCCUACCGGAUGCCAGCAUCAAACUUAAGAAACUCGAGAGGUUUUCCACCUAGCCCUUUUGUUUGUAUACAACUUGUCUGUAAGGCAUUUGUGUGUUUGCACAAUUCCUAAUGCAUUGAGUGGACGUGUAUGUGCGUCCGCGUGUGGGCAUGAAUCGGACUUAGGUCUUCCAUCCUUUAUUGAACUUACGUGAAUGUGAUGAUGGAUAAGAACAUAAGGUUGAAUGGUUGA